AUGAUGAUGCAAAGAGUUAUCUUGGGCUCAAGAAUUGCUUCAAAGAGAAGUAUUUCUCAAUUCGCUACUUUGAGAUCAAAUUCAUUAAUUAAUUCCCGUUUUUAUUCAACUUCUAAACAACAAUCAUCAUCAUCAUCAUCAACUCCACCACCACCACCACCACAAAAUCAACAUAGAGGUAAAAUUGCUCUAAUUUUAGGUGCCUUAGCAAUUGGUUCCACAUUGUUUUCAAUUUCAUAUCAAAAAUCAGGUCCAGUUGAAUUAAUCGAACCUGCAAAGCAAAAAGCUUUUAAAAAUGGUGAUGUUUCAGUUAUUUUCGUUCUUGGUGGUCCAGGUGCUGGUAAAGGUACUCAAUGUGCUAGAUUAGUUAAUGAUUACGGAUUCAUUCAUUUAUCAGCUGGUGAUUUAUUAAGAGCUGAACAAAAAAGACCAGGUUCACAAUAUGGUGAAUUAAUUGCACAAAAUAUUCGUGAUGGUGUUAUAGUUCCACAAGAAGUUACUAUUGCCCUUUUGAAAAAUGCAAUGAAGGAAAAUUUUGAUAAAGGUAAUACUAGAUUUUUGAUUGAUGGAUUCCCACGUAAAAUGGAUCAAGCUAUAACAUUUGAAGAUGAAAUUGCAACAAGUUCAUUUACUUUAUUUUUUGAAUGUCCUGAAGAAGUUAUGUUAAAACGUUUAUUAGAAAGAGGUAAGACAAGUGGUCGUGCUGAUGAUAAUAUCGAAAGUAUAAAGAAAAGAUUUAGAACUUUUAUUGAAACAAGUUAUCCAGUUGUUGAAUAUUUUGAUAAACAAGGUAAAGUUGUUAAACUUUCUUGUGAUCGUACUGUUGAUGAUGUUUAUUCUGAAGUUAAAAAAGCUAUAAAAGAUAAAAUUAACAUUGAAACCAAAUAG